CAACCCAGUCCGUGACAGCAAUACAUCUGCUUACCCUUGCUGCUUCUUUCGAAUACAAAUUCUGAAAAAUCUAGACAAAAUGACGACUUCUUCUACUGUCGAUCCCACCAUCAUCGAAAAGGUCACGGCCUUUGUCGAGGAAUACAUGUCGCACUACGACGGCUCGCACGACUUUCACCACAUUAAGCGUGUCCUUGCCCUCGCGCACCGCAUUCAGGCCACUCUUCCCAAUACCGAUCGCGAUAUUGUCACUCUGUCGGCGCUCCUACACGACGUCGGCGACAAGAAGUACCUACUUCCCGGCCAAGACUCGUCGCGCCUCGUCUAUGACACAUUGCUUUCAUAUGGCGCCGAGGCCGCCCUCGCGGAAAGGGUACAAGCCAUCUGCUUGGGUGUGAGCUACUCAUCCGAGAUUAAGGAUCCUGCCCAUGUUGUCAAUCUGAUUGCGCAAUACCCUGAGCUUGCAGCCGUUCAGGAUGCCGACCGCCUGGAUGCCAUUGGCGCUGUCGGCAUUGGCAGAACGUUUGCCUUUGGUGGCGCCAAGGGACGUACGCUAGGCGACACGCUUGAGCACUUUGAUGACAAGCUCAUCAAGUUGGAAAGCAUGAUGAAGACGGAAGAGGGCAAGAAGCUGGCAAGAGAGCGUACCGAGAGAAUCCUGACGAUGCAGAAGUGGUGGAAAGAGGAGACUGGCGAGGCUUAGACAGCCCCAAAGUAUAGAAGGCUAGGGGCGCAACAACGCAUAGACAAAAGUAGAAAAGGAGCAUAGAUUGGCGUUUUAAUUUUGAAUAAUCACAUUAAAGUUAUAUGUUGUGGAGGCAG